ACAAGAAGAAGAAGAAAAGGGAAGAAGCAGCAGCAGAGGGAGAGGGUGAGGACAACCAUGACGAAUAAGAGAAAGGAAGACCGCACAAAAUUAGUUUUAAUAAAAGUCACAAGUUGUCAUGCGUACUUGGUAUGACAGGAGGGAAGUGCCUUUAUAACAGAGCUACACUGUUGCACUCUGUGCGCUCCUCUGCCCUUUCUGCGCUGCUCUUUGCGCAUUAAACUGUAACUAAACAGUCAGCAAAGUCAACUUUUAGUGGCGACACUUUUAUCAAAGAUGAUUCUGGAUAAUGGUUUCACACGGGACUCUUUCUUAGCUCUGUAGUCGCACAACAGCAACCAAUGUGACAUGUAUUGUUAGGACGGGAAACAGAACGCCAUGGCAGACAGAAGGACUUUCAACGUUGUGAUUUUGGGUUUGGGAUUUCUGUUCAUUUUUACCGCCUUCACCACCUGUGGGAAUGUUGAACAAACUGUGGUGAAAAGCCUGGAGAAUGGUACUUUCAGUGGGAGUGGGUACCACAGUCUGGGAAUCAUCUAUGGGGUCUUUUCUUUCUCCAAUUUGCUUGCCCCGACAGUCGUUGCAGUAAUUGGAGCAAAAAUGACUAUGUUCAUGAGUGGCCUACUUUACAGUGGGUACAUCGCUGUAUUCAUCAUCCCUUCAUCGUGGGCCUUUUACUUGACCUCCGUGCUGAUCGGUGUGGGAGCAGCCAUGCUGUGGACAGCUCAAGGACACUUUCUGGUGGAAAACUCGGAGGCUUCCACCAUUAACAGGAACACAGGGAUGUUCUGGGCUCUCUUACAGUGCAGCAUGUUGUUUGGCAAUCUUUACAUUUAUUUUGACUGGAACGGAAGAACAGAGAUAUCAGACAGCAGCAGGAAAAACAUUUUUCUGUCCCUGUUGGUCGCCUCCGUGCUCGGCACACUCAGCUUUCUGGUGUUGAGAAAGAGCCAUCACGAAGAGGAGAUGCUCUCUGAAGAGGAAGGGCAGUCGCUGCUCUCCACUCCGAUGAUGUAUAAGCACAGAGCAAACACGGCCCUGCAGGACGCCAAGUCAGAGUUCAAAACCAUCCUGCAACUUCUGAAGGCUAAAACGAUACUGCUCCUGAGUCCCUGCAUGGCGUACAGUGGCCUGGAGCUAUCUUUCUACAGUGGUGUGUAUGGGACGUGUAUUGGAGCGACUACACAGUUUGGAGAAGCUGCUAAAGGCUUGAUUGGGAUGUCUGGGAUUGUGGUAGGCAUUGGAGAAAUUGUGGGUGGAGGAUUGUUUGGAUUGUUGUGUAAGAACAAUCGCUUCAGACGGACCUCUGUGGUGUUUCUGGGAAUGGUCGUCCAUUUCGUGGCUUUCUAUCUGAUCUUCCUCAACCUCCCAGAUGAUGCCCCUGUCGUCUUUAGUACCACCACCCAAAAGAAGCCAUAUCUAACACCGAGUGUAUCCAUUGCCCUGCUGUGCAGCUUCUUGCUUGGACUCGGGGAUAGUUGUUUCAACACACAGCUCUACAGCAUAUUAGGCCGUGUUUAUGCUGAACAAAGCACGCCUGCUUUUGCCAUCUUCAAAUUCAUCCAGUCUGUUUUUGCAGCAGUGGCGUUCUUCUACAGCGGUUACCUCCUGUUGAUGUGGCAGCUCCUGCUGAUGAUCAUCCUGGGCUUCACUGGAACGCUCUGCUUCUUCGUGGUGGAGAGGAUGCAGAACUUCUCUGUAGAUUUGCAGGAAUAUUAGAAAGAAGACAUUUCUUUAUGAGCACUGAUUUUUUUUUCAGGAGGAAGAAAAACAAUCCUGCAUCUUUUAUUUCGUGAGGGGUUAUUUUAAAAUCUCUUUUUAUUAUAAUAACGCACUAAAGGUCAUAUACAUUUGGAUAAUGUAUACAUUCAAAAAUUGUUGCCACAACCUUAAGGAAGCUGUUUUAAUAGUAUUACAUGGUUGUCAGUCAGCUCAGAUUGUACCCUGCACUUUCUGUUCUAAUUACCGGUCACUAUGAGCAUCAUUGUUAAUCAUUAACAUUAUUUUUCCACUGCACCGUUGGUCUUACCAUAGGAUUUAAAAAAUAACCACUCACCUUAUCUCGUGCUUGUCUGCAUUGCUUCCAGCUCAGGUUUAUUAGUAAAGACAAAACUAUUUUAUGUAUCAAAAACAAUUACUUAAUAACUUUUAAAGGUGUUCAUAGUUCCUCAGACUGAUUGACAGUUUGAUAAAGGUAGACGAGAGAAUGGUAACUAAUUAAUGCCUGACAAUCAUUGUCAACUUUUUGUAAAUUUUGCAUGUUGUUAAUUUCUUUUCUCCACAAUUUUGAGGAUCUUUGAUGAAUAAAGUUCUGUGCAUUUUG